AAAUAACUCUUAUAUACCCAAGAUGGCGACCUCCAUGGUUCGAGGUCGUGCAUGGAAACUUCGCAUGCAAUGUCGAUUAAUAAAAGCUCACGUUAGAUAUGCGAGUGGACAGUAUUAUGUAACGUUGCCAGAGGUGCCACCUGACACACCAGAAACCAACCCGCUGCUGCGACUUGCAGACCUUCCAAAGUUCUCUGCUAUCAAUCCUAACCGCUGCAUUACAGGCUGUUCCAAGUUGUCCAUAGAUCAUGAUACAAAUUUGUCCAUUCACAUUGAAAAUUUACAAGAUCCCAAGGUUGAGAAGACCUUUGAUGGUGUGUUCAAUACAGUGGAGCAACUAGAAGUUCCACUGAACUAUGCAUACAGAACAUUCAGAAUUCUGUGCAGGGUUCAGAAGGACAAAGGUUACAAUGAUGCCUACAGAAGGGUGACACGCCAGGUUAAUUAUUGCAACCAUGACCGACACCAAAAUGCAGACCUUUAUUAUGCAGUGAAGGAAUUAGGUCAGGACGUGAACCUUACAGAGACACAGCGCCGCCUGGUGGAUCUAUACCUGUAUGAGUCACAUGCCCGGGGAGUGGACAUCCAGGGUAAAGACAAGUGGAAGAACAUCACAGCCCUACAGGGACUAAACAGAGAGAGGCUGGUCUUCAGCAAAAAGGUUGAACUGACUGCAGGCCUAUUUGGACAUCGCAUUGAGAACUUUGGAAUUGUGGACAGCAUGCCACGGUCUCUGCUUACAAGAAUGGCUGAAGACAAGACUCGGCCGUCCAAUGGGCCCUGGAAGGUGACUCUCGACCCUGAAGUGUAUUACCCAUUUCUUGAACACUGUGAUAACCGCCAACAGAGCUGGAACGCGUGGCAAGCCUUCAAUAACCGAGCUUCAAAUGCCCAUGGUGCACAACAUCUCUCAAAUCAGAAGGUCCUGGAGGAAAUCCGAAUGUACAGUGGAGACUAUGCCAAGCUGCGUGGCUUCAAGACUUAUGCAGAGAUGACACUGGCAAACAAUAUGGCGGGAUCGGUGGAGAAUGUGGUCAACAUGAUUGAAACAUUCAAGGGCAGCUUUAAGGUCAAGGCCUCAGAGGAGAUGCAAGAACUCCAAGACUUUGCAGCAUCUGAAGGCUUUAAUGACAUCAUCCAACCCUGGGAUGUGUCAUUCUGGCGGAGACGGCACAGAGAACAUGUCUUCAGACUUGAUGACGGUCAGGUAUCUGAAUACUUCCCACUGGAUCAUGUGCUCACCAGCUUGUUCCAGUUAGUUCAUCAGCUGUUUGGCAUCACAAUCAAGGAGGCAACUGGGGAGGAAGAAACUUGGCACAAGGAUGUGAGAUAUUUCAAGGUGUUCGAUCCAAAUGGUACUAAUGUCAGUGCUUUCUACUUUGACCCUGUUGCAAGACCAGCUGAGAAGGAUACUGAAGCGUUGAUGAUGAUGGGGCGAGGUAGAAGUGAUGUGACUGGCACUACCCCUUUCUCAUACCUCCUGAUGAGCCUCGUUCCGCCCAUCGGAGAUCAACCCAUUCUCAUGUCCUUCAAAGAUGUCCAGGACUUGUUCAGGGAAUUCGGCAACGGCCUGCAACAGAUGCUGACUCAGGUACCGUACUGUGAGUUGUCAGGUCAGAACAAUGUGGAACAGGAUGCUGAGAAGGUGUGCGCUAAGUUCCUGGAGAGGUGGGCCUCUGUGCCAAGUGUGGUGCAGAACCUGACCAGCAAUGUCCACACCGGUCAACAGAUGCCGACUGAGGCUGUCUCUACACUUCUGCAAGCUCACAAACACUUGAAUGCCUAUGACUUGAUGUACGAUCUGUAUUUGGCUGCUGUUGACAUGGAGAUGUAUCAUAGCAAAGCACACUGGUCUAAUAUUCACCAGCGUUCAUGGGAAGAAUGUCUCCCUUUGCCCUUCAUCAAGGAAGACUACAUGCCCUGCAGUUUUACAGACUGCUUCGAUGGAGGGAGUUCAGCGUUGUGCUACAAACACACAUGGUCUCAGAUGAUUGCAGCAGACGUGUUUGAAGCUUUUGAGGAAGUAGGUCUCCAAGAUCAAGAAAAGUUGUCAGCUAUUGGGAACAGGUUCCGUGACACAUUCCUGACACUUGGUGGAGGUGUGCAUGCCAGUGAGGUAUUCAGGAGAUUCCGUGGCCGUGACCCAUCCCUCGAUGCGCUACAGAAAUACUAUAGUGAGAAGUAAAGUGUGUGUGUUAUAUAGAAGAUUGAAUGACAAGUGUGGCAGAAAAGGACAACGUGAUGACAUGAUGAUGUUGAAAUAUGUGGUGUUGCCAUAGGUAACCAUCAGCCACCAGGUGAUGUGCGAUGGCCACGUGAGAAAAAAAGAGACCAUGUUUAAACUCCUGCAGUGAUGGACAGGGAUUGUCAGGUAAAAAAGAAGAAACCAUCAAGUUUAUUCAAAUAAGGUCAGUGUGGACUACAGCAGACAUGUGCAAUGCUGUUCAAUCAUUUGUAUGACUUGUAAAUAAUGAAAUGGCAGUAAAAUGAAACCAAUAUUUGUUGAUAAAGAAUGCAGAAAGUAUUAAAAAAGUGCUAGUUCCUAAUACUGCCUGCCUUAUCUGUGAAUGUUAGGAAUGUAAAUUAUCAUUGAUAUUCUGUGUAUAUCAAGUUGUUUCAUGUGAUCACAGGGAACAUCUCAAUAAAUCAUAAUCAAAU